AUAAAUACCAACUACCCACAAUAGGUAUUCUCCAUUCAAAUCCUUUCAAAACCAUUUUCAACAAAAUCUAUAGCCUUUCUUUUUUUCUCUAUUUAUCACUCUCAAUAAUUUGAUCUGUUUAUAUUAUAAGCUAGAUCAAUAGUAUAGAAUGGUAACAAUUCAAGCUUCAAGCGCGGUUUAUAUGAAGGUCAGUAACAUUAGCUGCUCAUCCCAAACACGACGUCGUUUUGGAGUUUCCCUUGCUCCUACUAGAGCCAUUCUUAACCUACCAAAAGUGCAAAACCAGGCAAAAAGUACAACAACUAAUCCAUUACUUUCUCUUCAAAAAAUCCCAUACUCUUUGGGGUUUCAAGAUAUGGAUAUCAUAAAAAGAUCAAAUCUUGAUUCGUCGACCAUACAAAUGGAAAAGAUGUAUGCGAUUUUGGAGUCUGUUACGGACAGAGUGGAGAUGCAUAAGAACAUUGGAGAACAGCGUGAUAAUUGGAACAAUCUCUUGUUGUCAUCUGUGAAUUCGAUCACUCUAGCAGCUGCAACCAUGGCUGGAAUUUCAGUACUGUCAUCACCCUCCAUAGCCCUGAAACUCUCCUCCACGAUUCUCUAUUUGGCAGCCACUGGAAUAUUGGUGAUCAUGAACAAAAUCCAACCUUCACAAUUGGCCGAAGAACAGAGAAACGCCUCUAGAUUAUUCAAACAACUACAAACAGAGAUCCAAACCCAACUCACCAUUGGAAACCCAACAGCUUUGGACGUAAAUGAAGCCAUGGAAAAAGUUUUGGCUUUAGAUAAAGCAUACCCGCUUCCUCUUUUGGGCGCCAUGAUUGAGAAAUUCCCUGAAACUGUAGAAUCUGCUGUUUGGUGGCCGAGAAAAACAGAGCAGAAAAAGCAAAAAUCACAAGAACUUGGAAUGAGAAACGAUUACAAUAACAACAAUGGUUGGAGUCCAAAAUUGGAAGAGGAAAUGAGAGAGGUUUCAAAGAUUAUAGAAAGAAAAGACGUUGCUGAUUACUUGAGGCUUAGUGAAAAGGCCUUGAAACUCAACAAAAUGUUGGCGAUUUCUGGACCUGUGUUGACCGGUUUAGCGGCUGCAGCUACGGCUGUUUCCGGUGGUUUUGGCAGUACUCAUGGGGUGGGAGCUGCUGCCACGGUGGUCGGAGUUGUGGCCGGAGCUUUGGCUAGCGUGGUGAACACAUUGGAACAUGGUGGUCAGGUUGGAAUGGUGUUUGAAAUGUAUAGGAGUAAUGCUGGUUUCUUCAGACUCAUGGAAGAGAGUAUUGAAUCUAACUUGAAGGAAACAGAUGUGGAGAGAAGAGAGAAUGGUGAAGUGUUUCAAACCAAGGUGGCUUUGAAGCUUGGUCGAAGCUUGUCUGAGCUCAAAAAUCUUUCUUCUUCAAGUUCAAGAUAUAUUAAUCCUCAUGGUUCUUCUGAUUCUGAAGAGUUUGCAAGCAAGCUUUUCUAAGAUUAAAGUAUAUACACUCACAUUAUAUAGUCCUAACGAUAUAUGUAAUUAAUAGUUAACUAUUCAUUGAUUUUUUAUUGUUAACUUGUAUAAAUAUACACAACAAAAAUAUUUGUUAAUGGAAUUGUGAUUAUUUAGUAUCAUCAUUA